AUGAACAAAGCUUUGCUCCACAACUUCCCUCAAUUAGCUGGUAGUCUUUUAACUAUCGCUAAGGACUCGAUUAAAUUAAAGAUUGUCCGUGUUGCUGUAGCAAUUUUGAAAAACUUUGUCGAUGUAACAACUUCACCACAAGAGCAAUUCAAAGUUAUCAAGUUAUUGUUAUUCCAUGGUGCUUUGAACACCGUUAACACUUUGAAGGAAAGAAAAUUUGCAUCCAAUGGAAGUGACGAAGAGUUAUCCAACGAUUUGAACUACUUGUCUGAAAGUUUGAAUGAAAUUGUAACUUCCAAGUUGACUUCCUUUGACGAAUAUUUAACAGAAUUGGAAAACCCUAAACUUAUAAGUUAUGCCUCUCCAACUCAUAAAUCCAGCGAAUUCUGGUUAGAAAAUAGUGGCAAAUUUAAAGAUUCAAAUUUCAAAUUAGUCAAGAAGAUUUUUGACAUCUUAAUCCAAAAUUCAUCAGACAAUUCUACAGUUAAUACUAUUUUAUUGAAUGAUUUACAAUUCUUAAUCAAGAACCUUGGCCAAGAUUUGAUUACCUUUAUCAACACUGAAAAGGGUGGACAAUAUAAACUUUUGAUUAUGUCAUUUUUAGAAAAUAGCCAGGGUAACAAUGAAUUGAAAUAUGAAGCUUUAAAGACUAUUCAAUUAUUGGUUGGCCACAAUUUUUAA